AUGUCUUCCUUUCAUCGAGCUAGUCAGAGUUUGCGUACUCAUGCACGUAUGUGGUAUUUAAUCGAUGCCAAAGAUCAAAAAGUUGGGAGAUUAGCUACAUUUGUUGUUAAAUUAUUGCAAGGAAAGACCAAACCUAUCUAUCAUCCUGCCGCUGAUGUAGGAGAUUUCGUUGUCAUUGUCAACACUCAAGAUGUUGUAUUCACUGGCAAAAAGUGGAAUGACAAGUUAUAUCGACAUCAUACGGGAUAUCCUGGUGGCUUGAAAGAAAUUAAAGCCAAAGAUCUCCACGCAAAAGAUCCCCGAGAGGUUUUAAGAAAGGCUAUCUAUGGCAUGCUGGCAAAGAACAAUUUACGGUACACCUUUAUGCGCCGUCUAUAUUUAUACAAGGACAAGAAACAUCCAUAUAAAAACAACAUUACACAGGAAUUAACAGGACCAUGCAAACCGGCUAAAAAAUUACAAGACUAUACACCCGCUGAAAUUGAAAACUACCCUUAUAAGAACUUAUUUUAA